AUGAAUUCCAUCUCGUUUGACGGUGAUAACUUUGGUACUCAAGUGGGAAUUAAUAAUGGAUCGAUCCAUCUUCCCCCAAGUCUAGAGCGACCGGAAACUCCACCACCUCCUCUCUCGACCGUCCCGUUCCGUCGCGACCCAGAUUUUAUUGAUCGUGGAUCUCUUCUCGAUCAAAUACAAGAAAAAGCCUCCACGCAAGGUGCUCGGAUAGCACUUGUCGGCCUAGGUGGUGUAGGGAAAUCGCAACUUGCAAUCGAAUAUUGCCAUCGAGUUCGAGAUCAAUCGCCCAACACAUGGGUUUUGUGGUUUCACGCGAGCAAUGCAACUCGCUUCGAGCAGAGUUGCCGGGAGAUUGCCGACCGAGCCAGGAUACCAGGUCGCCAGGAUCCGAAGGCAAAUAUUUUCAAGCUGGUCCACUAUUGGCUAAAUGAUGCCAAGACUGGAAAGUGGGUCCUUGUCCUCGAUAAUCUCGAUGACGACGAGUUUCUCCAUACCAUGUCUUCAACACAGUCUAGCCUGGUGAAUGAUCACAGUUUUGUAUCUGAACGACCGAUCUGGUCUUAUUUCUGUCAGAACUCAACGGGCUGCGUUGUGAUAACAAGUCGGAGUAGACAAGUGGCUUUGAGAACCGUGGAAGACUAUGACAUCAUUCCGGUUGAACCAAUGAACGAACCCCACGCAAUCUCGCUCUUCGAAAAAAAGGUCGGCACGCAAUCUGACCUCUCCUCAAUCAUUCAGUUAGCUACAGCUCUAGAGUUUAUGCCGCUUGCGAUUGUGCAGGCGGCGGCCUUUAUCAAGCAAAGAGCACCACGAGACUCAGUCGCACAAUAUUUGGAAAGGUUUCAGAAAAGCGAUAACCAAAAAAUCAAUCUUCUUGAUUAUGAAGGGGGCCAACUUCGCAGGGACCGAGAAGCCAAGAAUGCUAUCCUUGUAACAUGGCAGAUAUCAUUUGAGGAUAUUCAGGAAAGAAGGCCAUCAGCAGCAGGUCUCUUAUCUCUGAUGAGCUUCUUUGAUAGACAAGGGAUCCCCAACAUUCUCCUACAGGAAGACCAAGCUACAAAAGAAAAGAAUAAAGAGAGCGGUAGAAGUGAUGCAAGUGACACAGAAGAUGAAAUAAACGCAUACAGCGACAUCGACAAGUUGGAGAACGAUAUAUUAUUACUCAGAGACUAUUCGUUGAUUUCCGUCACCUCAGAUCCAGCGAAUUUUGAGAUGCAUCGAUUGGUCCAACUAGGAAUGCAGAAAUGGCUUCAAGCUCAAGACCGUUUAGAGCACUGGAAGGAAGUUUUUAUCCGAAGGCUAGAUAGACAUUACCCCGAAGGAAGUUUAGCGUAUAGUCUGGGAGGGGAAUGGAAGAAAGCCGAAGACCUCCAGCUGCAGGUGAUGGAGACUCGCAAGGAGAUGCUUGGGCCAGAGCAUCCCGACACUCUGACCAGCAUGGCCAACCUAGCAUCAACCUACCGGAAUCAGGGACGAUGGAAGGAAGCCGAAGAUCUCCAGCUGCAGGUGAUGGAGACUCGCAAGGAGGUGCUUGGGCCAGAGCAUCCCUCUGCUCUGACCAGCAUGGGCGACCUAGCAUCGACCUACCAGAAUCAGGGGCGAUGGAAGGAAGCCGAGGACCUCCAGCUGCAGGUGAUGGAGACUAGCAAGGAGAUACUUGGGCUAGAGCAUCUCUUUACUCUGACCAGCAUGGCCAACCUAGCAUCAAUCUACCGGAAUCAGGGACGAUGGAAGGAAGCCGAAGACCUCGAGGUGCAGGUGAUGGAGAUUAGCAAGGAGAUACUUGGGCUAGAGCAUCCCGACACUUUGACCAGCAUGGGCAACCUAGCAUCGACCUACUGGAAUCAGGGACGAUGGAAGGAAGCCGAAGACCUCCAGCUGCAGGUGAUGGAGACUUGCAAGGAGAUACUUGGGCUAGAGCAUCCCGACACUCUGACCAGCACGGCCAACCUAGCAUCGACCUACCAGAAUCAGGGGCGAUGGAAGGAAGCCGGGGACCUCGAGGUGCAGGUGAUGGAGACUUGCAAAAAGGUGCUUGGGCCAGAGCAUCCCGACACUCUAACCAUCAUGGCCAACCUGGCAUCAACCUACCGGAAUCAGGGGCGAUGGAAGGAAGCCGAAGACCUCCAGCUGCAGGUGAUGGAGACUCGCAAGGAGAUGCUUGGGCCAGAGCAUCCCAACACUCUGACCAGCAUAGCCAACCUAGCAUUAACCUACCGGAAUCAGGGGCGAUGGAAGGAAGCCGAAGAUCUCCAGCUGCAGGUGAUGGAGACUCGCAAGGAGGUGCUUAGGCCAGAGCAUCCCUCUACUCUAACUAGCAUAGCCAACCUAGCAUUAACCUACCAGAAUCAGGGGCGAUGGAAGGAAGCCGAAGACCUCCAGCUGCAGGUGAUGGAGACUAGCAAGGAGAUACUUGGGUUAGAGCAUCCCUCUACUCUGACCAGCAUGGCCAACCUAGCAUCGACCUACUGGAAUCAGGGGCGAUGGAAGGAAGCCGAGGACCUCGAGGUGCAGGUGAUGGAGACUCGCAAGGAGAUGCUUGGGCCAGAGCAUCCCGACACUUUGACCAGCAUGGUCAACCUAGCAUUCACACUAAGAUCUCUGAGCGAAAAUGAAACUGCAUUGGAAAUGAUGGCCAAGUAUGCUGAAUCUAGCAGCCAAAUAUUAGGCCCUAAUCAUCCAUACACCUUAUCAUCAAUGUCCACUUGGAAAGAGUGGCAGAGCUCAGAUGAAACUUCGCCCUUCGAGUCUGCUGAAUCGCAAAUUAUAACAUCAUUGGAGGAAAAGACCGAAGCUACAACCAGAGCGUCUUACAUUGGCGGUGUCUCCCAGCGGCAAAUUCUACUUUCAUUGCUUACCCUAGCCCUUGGCUUUGUAUAUGUACUGACCAAGGGUUAG